AUAUGUGGUUUAUUCUUUGUCAUUUCCACCAACGCCAUCCAAAGUCUCCUUCACUUUUAAAAAAGGUCAGUAUUGUUCAAUACACAAGUAUUAUAUCACAUUGGUUAUAUCCAAAUCGUUUCUAAACUUACACUUUUUGUUUUGCAUUGUACAUAUAUGUUGAUGCAGAGUUUAAUCAUGAAGCCAGAACAAACUUCACUCGGGAAACUAACUCCAAGCACCAAAGCUUACAAAGUAAGAUCCAAAGUGUAGAAAAAUCACAGCCACAACAAUCACCAAACAAGAAGCGCUACCAACGCCUUGUAUUUGAGGAUACUGAGGUAUGUUCACUUUCUUACUAGGCACUAAAAACACUAAUAUAAAUAUACAAUUGCUUGUAAUUCUACGAUCAGCCAUAAAAAAAAAAAAAAAAAAAAGAAAAAGAGGACAUAAAAUAUCUCAUUCACAGAUUUAAUCAACAACCAAAUUACCAAAAAAUAAAAGGCAACUCACAACUUCAACAGCUAAUAUAAAAAACACUUACAUGUUAAUAGGUAGAAUAUAUAUAAACAUUUCACAUAACACUAUUGUAAGCUGUGUAGGGUAACCAUCUUGGAGGUACUCUUUUUGGUGAUGAAAUAGACACUUUCAAGGACGUCCUCCAACUAGGGAAAGAAUAUGAGAUCGCAAAUGCUCCACUGAAAGCAAUAGAUCCAAAGUACCAAAAAAGAGAAAAUGACUGCCAGAUUACGUUCGGCGGACAAACAAUCAUCGAACCACUAGACCCAACUGCAGGUCCAGUUCUGCCAAAUUAUAUCACCAUCAACUCAAUUCCAAAAACCAACUUUAAAAAUGAACGAUUCGAUUUGCUUGUUGUUGUCCUCUACAUAGAAGAGGUCAGGAAAGUACCAACAUCAGGAGGAAACAUGAUGGAUGUACGUGAAAUCAUAGUCACUGACCAAAGAACUGAAUAGCCGCUCACCAUCUCAAUGUGGGGAGGCCUUGCUGUUAUUGACACCGAGAAGCUUGCAGGUUGGGUGCUAAGCCCAAUAGUUGCAGCCUUCACACACUUACGACCAACCACAUAUAAAGGGUUCUCCCUUGCAAGCUCAAUGUCAACUACUAUCAUCUCAGAUCCUACUGGGGAGGAAGCACAUGCUCUUCGAACAUGGAUGAAAGAAAAACAAGAAAUGCUUCUUGACCAGGCUACAAAAAUACUGCAUAUCAGAACACCAUCAAGAACAACAGCAGCCAAAACUAUCAGUGACAUUGAGCAGAAAAAUGCUGGAAACACAAUGCAAGAAGCACGCCAUUGGAUACAAGCCACUAUCCCUGAUGCUCAGUUGGAAAAUCUGAUUGCUUACUUAGGAUGUAACAACUAUGGAAAGCGCUGCCAAGAAGCAAGGGACACAACUUUCAAAUGCCUAAAUUGCUAUAAAAAAAAAAAAAGUGUACUGCUACAGUCAGGUAAGAAACAAUUAAAAUCAACCAAUUCAACAACUACAACAACCAAAAUACUAAUGUCCCUUCACACACAGGGUUAAUUUCACAUUCGAUGUGAGUGACGCCACUGGGACUCUAAGACUCACUGCUUUUGCUGAAGACUGGGAAAAACUCAGUGGUCUCCCAACUUCAGAGAUAUAUGAGAAGAAAUUGGCGGUAAGAACUGGAAAAAAAAUGCAAAGGCCAUAAAUUUCAAAUUAAUACUAAACAAAAACAUUAACUGCGUUAUUGGACAGGGUGAUUGACCGGAGUUUGAAGAAAUAGCUACUAACCUGAGGACGAAGACCAUACAAUUCAAAAUUGCACCAACAACUUCUCUCACUAGAAUCGGGGUCCUCAAAUGGGCUAUCAAGGAGAUUGAAAUAUGACUAAAUAUGCAAGAGCUACAACAACAAAACAAGCAGUUGUUUGUCCUUAAGAGUACCCACAGCCAUUAACUAUUUGGGUGGUUAUUAAGAGAGAGAAAAUGAAAAUAUUAAUAAAAUAUUGAGGAGAGAGAAAUUAUUGAGGUAUCAAUUGAAUAACUAGGUUAUUCAAAUAACCGGUUAUGUAUAUGGUCAUGCAAUUUUUUUUUUGCUUUUUGGUUGACAUGGAUGGCUAAGAUUUUGACACGUAAUACAAAUAUCAAUGGUUGAGAUUUGCUCUGAAUUUAUAACCGUUGUAAUUUUUGUAACGGCCAUAAUUUUUAAAAUACAAUUCUGAAAAAAAAAAAAA